AUGGACGUGGACCUCUUGGGCCUGCCAGACGUACCUCUGGGUCGUGGCAAGACCCUGCGGGGCCCGCGGGGCCGGGGCCCGACGGUGCGUCGGCAGCGGGAGUUCAUGCCCGAGGAGAAGAAGGACACGGUUUACUGGGAGAAGCGCAGGAAGAACAACGAGGCGGCCAAGAGGUCCCGGGAGAAGCGGCGGCUGAACGACGCGGCGCUGGAGGGCAGGCUGGCGGCGCUGCUGGAGGAGAACGCGCUGCUCAGGGCCGAGCUGCGCUCGCUCAAGCUCCGCUUCGGCCUCCUGCCGCCCGUGGGGGGGCCCCGGACGCUGCCCCUGCAGGCCCUGCUGUGGGAGGCCCCCUGGGCCGGAGACCCCCGCGCGAGGCCUGACCCGCUCUCGGCUCUGCCCGACCCCGCCGGCUGCCUUUUGAGACCAUGUUCCCUGGACGCCGGGGUUCCCGGGUGCCGGGGCUGCCUGGUGGCGCACCGGUGGGCUGGCCUGGCCACCUCUCCCAGGUCGCCCCAGCACCCUGUACCGCUCACCCCCAAGAGAAUGGACGUGGCCUUGCAGGCUGCCCUCCCGGGCACCUUCUUCAGCUGUCACCUCCUGGAUGGGCACGGCGGCCCUGGACACGAGCUCAGGCCCUGUUGGGGCUUGUGGUCCCCCAUGGCCGUGGGGUGUCGGGCCUCAGGCCCCUCGGAUGUGCUGCUGACGCCCACUACUGAGCCCAUGGUGUUGCCGUCCAGGGCGGCCUGCUCCACCCCAGGGACUGACCCGGAGGACAUGGUCCAGCCCUCUCUGCCCCACAAACUGCGCAUUAAGUCUCGAGCCUCGGCCAGGGCACCUCGGGGCUGGGAGGGCGACCGGGGCCCCCUCUGA